GUACCGUUCCUAAACAAUGCCCAUGAAAAAAAUUUAGCCACGUUGACGUUUGAAGAGUGAAGUGUAGUCCGUGAUUUGAGGGGGCAGAAUAUAGCAGGAUUUGGGUGUUUCAGACGCUUUGGGUUUUCUUCUCGCCGCAGACUCCAGAUCAGUACAAACAUGUCAUCGCCACCGAAGGAAAAGGUGGAAACCAAAGGAGGACAUCUCCCUGCAGUAAAAGCUGGCGGUAUGAGGAUAGUGCAGAAGCACCAGCAGACUGCUGCUCCAGAACCACCACAGAAAGACGACGAAGAGGAUGAGGAGGAGUACGUCAGCAGGAGUCCACCAAAGGUCCCUGUGAUUGUGUCUGGAGUGGUGACAAAGGGCGAUAAGGACUUCACCCCUGCAGCCGCCCAGGUGGCUCACCAGAAGCCCCAGCCUGGUGUCUCCAAGCUGCCCGCUGCUCAGCACAUCAACCAGCACAUCCACCAGCCCCGCAAGUGAACAAGGCAGCGAGCAGUCUCCCCCCCAAGCCAGCCAGCCCCCCCCCCCCCCCCCCCCCCCCACCCACCGGGCACAGAUCUGCUCCAAAUAAUCAGAGUAGUCCACUGUAAGCCUCUUGAAUUUCAAUGUGUGAGAAAUGUAUCAGAAACACCCCCCCCCCCCACCCCACUCCCGCGCUGCUUUUGGUGCUGCACCAUCAGUUCUGCACUUUUGGGCCUUCUUCUUAAGAUAUAUUGUUUUUACAGCUGUACAGUCUUAAGGUGGAACGCGUGGGUGGGUGGUGUUUUAAUUGCUACCGUUCUAGGAAUGAAACAUUAAUAAAAAUAAAUAUCAGAUCGGAGUCUGUGGGGGGGGGGGGGGACAACGACGUGGCGGCUAUCCUCAUAUCAAAGCAAAAAGCCAUUCACAGCAGGCUGUCACUCAGCUAACUAAACACCUCAGUCUAAGCUCCAGCCUUCUACUUUUGAUUUUCACAGACGCAAAUAACCACACCAAUCAAAUAAAUCAAGAGGGGGGGGGGGGAACACCAGUUUUAAAUGAAUCAACAAAAAACAAGAGCGGCUGAUGUGUGGAUCACUGAGACUUUUGCCAAAUUGCAUAGGAGAGUGCAUUAGCCAAUCAUUGGCCCUAACGCGGAGGUUAAUGGCUUGAUAAGCGUUCCAUUUCAAUAUUUCAUCAUCUAUAGAUGCCCGAUAAGGAAAACCAAUGAGAUGCAAAAGAAGAAAAAGAAAACGCCCGCAUUGCUGUUAUGAUGGCUUUUAUUACCCAAGUAGCUACUUGAUGCAUGCCGUUAGUGUAGUGAAUAAAACUCUAGCUGCGCUUGAAGCUAACGCUUGUGUAGCUUUGGGGCCAUCGCAAAGUCUAUUCUGCUUUUGCAACAGGUUCCAUGUCACCGUUGUUACCUUUUAUUUAACGAGAGGAGUCUAAUAACCCAGUGAUCUGUUUUUUAUGCUGCCUUGUCGGAGCUGAAAUAUCUAUCCUUCUCUGAUGAUGUUCUUCGAAUGCAAACUCGACCUGCUUCGCGGUAAAAGUAUCCCAUCAGUGCCUCAUUGUGCGGUAUUUCUUUUCUGUCUCAUUUGACUCGCAUGGAUUUCCAUUUUAUUUGCCUCGCACCAGAGUCAACUGGAAUGAAAUUAGAUCCAAAGAUGUAAUGAAAUCUUGAGGUACGGCGAAGCGGCUGCAGGAUGCUUUGUGUUUAUUUUAACACAAGUCUGAACAUCACAAUGCCGAUCAAAGCAGCUGGGAAAAUAAGGAUGCUAUUAACUGUACAAUGGAGGUAACUUUUCAAUCGCUGGGCAAUAACUUUCCAUAGAAAAGUGUUUGAAAUAAAUAUCUUUUCUGUGUGGCGGAUUGUCAGUGUUUAAGUACACACUUAAAUCAACACACCAGGAUUUCAUCUUCUCAAAUGAUCAAUACGCAAAGACGCCCACCAGCCUUAUCUUUAAUCACCCAUUCCCUUACACUCAAAUGUCAUUUGUUGCAACACUAAUAUUCAGGUUUUCAUGAAAGAGCAAAAGAUAUCUUGCCAAGAAGGAAUGAUUUCCGAUGUUAAUUUAAGUUCAAAAGAGGUUUUUUUUUAUUUUGGGGGUUUUUCUCAGUUAUUUUUCUUGCGUAAAUUGUUCAAAAUUGUAUGAAUCUUUGGUAUUAGGUGUGGUUGUCAUAGUAAAUAAAGAUCAAUCUUGAAAAAUA